AGUGUUUUCGGCUGGCAGGCAGCUAGAGCCCAGGAGUGAAAAGGCGUCGUCAUGCAUGGAUGGCGAGUGGCCCCAGUGAAGAGGUGUCCAUCAGUUUGGCCACUGCACACCGCACAACCAUCAUUAUCAGCUUUAUCCACCUUUCCAGGUGCAGUCAGAACUUUGUAGAGUUGCUCCUGAGCAGAAUGCACUCUCAGGAUGACCUUCAUAUGGUCACAUUGCAAAUUAUGCACAUAGGCAACAGCAGGGUGAAAAUGCAUCAAUCAGGCAGCAGAGAGUACAGGAAGAUCGAAACAGUGGGAUCAAGGAAUUGUCUACCCCAGUUCCCACCCCUGGUCCACAUGGACAUAAUUCAUGGGUCUACACAGGGGCCCGUCCUAGAUCACCACGACAUCAUCCUAAUACCAGCAACAGAGGGAGCAUUCCACUGAGACCAUUGUGCUAUCAUGAAUGUGGUCCAGUGUGGCCUGAAGAUGUUUAUGCUGUGAGAUAUUCUAACCACCCAGCAGUGUUCCUGCAGAGCUCACCAACAGGGGUGACACGCUGCCACCAACAACAUCAUGCCCUGCCAGUGCACUCAUUCCCUUCUUCCCCAUGGCACUUGAAGUAAAAUAUAAAAAUGUUAGGCUGCUUCUUAAUUUAUCCCGAUGUUGGGAGAUGUCUUGAGGUUGUAUUAA